AAAAAGAAUGCCAUAUAAAAUGAAACAGAGGGAGUACUACAUACCUACAAAUAGGAAGUAUGAUCACAAGUUCAACUUCCAAAGUUUAAUUAUAGACUGGUUUUAGAAUGUUAAUUUCAAAGUACAAUCUAUUUAACUCUCGAAAACUCACUGUCACAAAAUUUAGCACGUCCAUUUUAAUUUUCUUGCUAAUUUGGUAAACAGGUUUCGAGAAACUAAGACGACUGAGAAAACUGAAAGUACUUGAUUUGUCAGGGACAGUUUCAAUCACAGCAUCUUUCAGCCUAUUAGUCAACUUUCAUCUCUCAGGUCGUUGAACCUCUCUCGUAACUUCAUUGGAUCACGUUCCGGCAUAUGGUUCACACACAACAAAACUGGAUCAGGUUCUAGCAUAUGGUUUGCUUCUUUGCCUGUUAUAUUCUAAUUAAUCCAUUCCCUUAACAUUUCUGAGAGAUUGUCAGGGUUAGACAAGAUGGAAAUCCUAGAUUUGAGCUAUAACAAUCUAGAUCUUGAAAACGUUUUCUCUACUCUACAGAUAAAUACAUCUAAGAUGGUAUUGAAGAAGCUCGAUAUAAGGUACAAUCAGUUCCAGAGUUUUCUACCAAAUGAAGAAUUGGGAGCUUUAAGAAAUAUAGAGUACUUACUGUUGGAUGGGAACAUAUUGGAUGAGAACUUUCUCAGGAGCAGUGGUGUAAUGUCAUCCCUUAAAGUAUUAUCGGUAGCUCAAUGCGGCCUCAAUGGAACCCUACCUCUUCAAGGCUUGUGUGAUCUCAAAUAUCUUGAAGAACUAGGUCUCAGCUACAACAAAUUCACUGGAAAACUCCCUCCAUUUCUUGGAAACUUAACAUUUUUACGGGUAGUUGAUCUCACUGACAAUCAUUUUACUGGAAACAUUGCCUCAUCCCCACUUUCAAAUCUCUUGUCCCUUGAAUACCUCUUGUUAGCAAACAACAACUUUGAAAUAUCAAUUUCAUUUGAGUCAUUUGCUAACCAUUCCAAACUUAAGUUUGUCUUUGCUGACAAAAACUCGGUAAUUGGACAAACAUCUUCCAACAGAUGGAUACCAAAAUUUCAAUUGGAAGCCUCGACUUUAUCCAACUGCUCUCAAAUACCAAGUUUCCUUCAUUAUCAACUUCAUUUAAAACUUCUUAUUCUCUCGAAAUGCAACAUUGGUGGAGACUUUCCAAAUUGGUUAUUAGAAAACAAUUCUAGACUUGGAGACGUUCACCUGGAUGGAAAUGCAUUCACUGGAUCUCUUCAAUUACCGUUCCUUCCUAAUCUGGAAGUUUUGGAUAUCUCAAACAACAAGAUUCAAGGAGAACUACCCCCUAACAUUGGGUCCAUCUUACCGAAUCUCGUUGUGUUAAUAAUGUCCAACAAUAUUAUUGAAGGCUUGUUCCCGUCAAGUUUUGGUGACAUGGAAUACCUUACCUGCUUGGAUUUGUCAUACAAUAAGUUAAAAGGGAAGCUUCCGAUAGGAUUGGCUCGUAAAGGAUCCAAGUUAAUUUUUCUGAGAUUGUCUAAUAACAUGUUGAAAGGGGAAAUAUUUCCAGUUUCAGGUAACAUCAACAAUUUCCAAUAUUUAUACUUGGAUGGGAACAACUUCUCCGGCCCAAUUCCGCAGGCGUUAGUCACUGCUCCCUUACAAGCGUUGGACUUAAGUUACAAUAACUUGUCAGGAAAUAUACCAGCGUGGCUUGGUAAUAGCUCCUCCAUACAAUCCCUUGCAUUGUACAGAAACCAUCUAAAGGGUCAUAUUCCACCUGAUUACUGCAGACUUGAGGGACUUGAGGAGUUAGACCUCUCUGAAAACAACCUUGUUGGCGUGAUUCCAUCAUGUUUCAGUGCUUUCCGAGACUUAAAACAAGUUAAGAAGCAGAAUAUGACUAAUUGCAAGAUAGUAUAUUUGUGGUUGUUGAUUUUGUUCAUGGCAAAUGGAUGGUGUUGUUGUUAUUGUUGUUGGAAAGAAGAAAGGACAGCUCUAUUGCAACUCAAAGCAAACAUAAAAUACAGUACAAGCAACGAGGACUAUUUGUCAUCGUGGGGGGCUAAUGAAACCUCGGAUUGUUGUCGAUGGGACGGAAUUGUUUGCAGCAACACCACCAGAAGAGUCAUAGAGUUAUCCAUUGCUGUCAAGAAAAUUAGUAAAGAAGAACAACUUAGUACUCUUUAUGGUACAUAUACUGAUGAUAUUUUAAGGAACUGGCUUUUUAAUGCAUCUUUAUUUGUUCCCUUCAAAAAUCUCAAAGCUCUACUCCUCCCCGGACGUUCAUUAGCCGGUUGGGUGAAGAAUGAAGGUUUUGAGAAUCUGAGGCGACUGAGAAAACUGGAAGUACUUGAUUUGUCUCGGAACCACUUCAAUCGCAGCAUCUUUGAGUCUAUUAGUCAACUUUCAUCCCUCAAGUCAUUGUACCUCGCAGACAAUAAUAUUGGAUCAGGUUCUGGAAGAUUGUCAGGGUUAAACAAGCUGGAAAUCCUAGAUUUGAGCUCCAACAAUCUAGAGGAUGAAAAUUUUCUCGGUUCUGAGAAACUGAGACAUUUGAGGAAAAUAGAAAGCCUUGAUUUAUCAUGGAACGGCUUUAACCGCAGCAUCUUUCAGUCUCUUAAUCAGUUUUCAUCUCUCACGUCAUUGAAUCUCGCAAACAACAAAGUUGCAUCAGGUCCAGAGAGAUUGUCAGGGUUAGAUAAGCUGGAAAUCUUGGAUUUGAGCAAUAAUGCACUUGAUGAUGAAAAUGGGUUCGCUGCUUUAGGCUUGUGUGAUCUAAAGUAUCUUGAAGAACUAAGUCUCAGCAGAAACAAAUUCACUGGGAGACUCCCUGCAUGUCUUGGAAAUUUAACAUUUCUUCGGGUAAUUGAUCUCACUCUAAAUUGGUUUACUGGAAACAUUGCCUCAUCGCCACUUUCACGUCUCUUGUCCCUUGAAUACCUCUUGAUAGCAAACAACAACUUUGAAAUACCAAUUUCAUUCGAGUCAUUUGCAAACCAUUCAAAACUUAAGUUUAUCUUUGCUGAUGAGAACUCUGUAAUUGGAGAAACUUCUUCCAAUAGAUCGAUACCCAAAUUUCAAUUGGAAGCCUUGACUUUAUCCAACUGCUCUCAAAUACCAAGUUUCCUUCAUUAUCAACAUCAUUUAAGACUUCUUGGUCUAUCGAGAUGCAACAUUGGUGGAGACUUUCCAAAUUGGUUAUUAGAAAACAACUCUAGACUUGGAGAAGUUCACUUGGAUGGAAAUGCAUUCACUGGAUCUCUUCAAUUGCCAUUCCGUCCUAAGAUGAGAGCUUUUGAUAUCUCAAACAACAAGAUUCAAGGAGAACUACCCACAAACAUUGGGUCCAUCUUCCCGAAUCUCUUUGUGUCAAUAAUGUUCAACAAUAUGCUUGAAGGCUUGUUGCCUUCAAGUUUUGCUGACAUGAAAAACCUUGCAUGCUUGGAUUUGUCAUACAAUAAGUUAAAAGGACAGAUUCCGAUUAGAUUGGGCCGUAAAGGAUCCAAGAUAUAUGUUCUGAAAUUGUCGAAUAAUUUGUUGGAAGGGGAAAUAUUUCCAGUUUUAGCUAACAUCAGCAAUUUGCAAUAUUUGUACUUGGAUGGGAACAACUUCUCCGGCCCAAUUCCGCAGGCGUUAGUCACUGCUCCUUUUCUAAGCAUACUGGAUUUAAGUGACAAUAACUUUUCAGGAAACAUACCAUCGUGUCUUGGUAAUAUCUCCUCCUUAAGAUCCCUUGCAUUGUCCAGAAACCAUCUAAUGGGUCAUAUUCCACCUGAUUACUGCAGACUUGAACAACUUGAGGUGUUAGACCUCUCUGAAAACAACCUUGUUGGCGUGAUUCCAUCAUGUUUCAGUGCUUUCCAAUACUUAAAACAUGUACAUUUGAGCAAAAACAAUUUACAAGGAGAAUUCAACAUGUUCUCAAACAGCUCAUAUUUACAGCUGUUAGAUCUAGGAGACAACAAUUUCAGUGGUUCCAUUCCAAAAUGGUUGGGCAGUACUUCUGAUAUAACCAUCUUACUACUGAGAGGAAAUCGUCUUCAAGGCACCAUACCUCCACUGUUAUGUCAUGCAAGGUGCUUAAGAAUGCUGGAUAUUUCUCACAAUAAUCUUUCUGGACCUAUACCUCAUUGCUUGGCAAACAUAACACAACAAGCAUGGAAUACAAUAAUAUCCGAAUACCUAUCAUCAUUUGGAUAUGAAGUUGAGAUGUUUGUAGGAGACGCUGUGAUAGACGAAGAAUUUUUAGCUGAGUCCUCCUCCAUGAAUAUGUUUCUAGAUUACAAUGCAUGGGUUAGAGCAGAGUUUACGACCAAAUAUAAUACCUAUUCAUAUAAAGGUCUCAUGGCGGAUUAUAUGUGUGGAAUUGAUCUUUCUUACAACGAGUUAAGUGGUGAAAUACCCAAGGAACUCGGUAAUCUUACCGAGAUUCAUGCAUUAAACUUGUCACAUAACCACCUUACUGGAGCAAUACCAUCAGAAUUCUCAAAUCUCCAGAAUAUCGAGAGUUUGGAUCUGUCAUACAACAACUUGACUGGGAGUAUUCCCACUCAACUUCUAAAGUUGACAACUCUAGCAGUUUUUACCGUGUCACAUAAUAAUCUAACAGGAAGGACUCCACAGCGUUCUUCGCAGUUUGCAACUUUUACUGAAAGCAGUUAUGAGGGAAAUCCGUUUCUUUGUGGUCUUCCAUUGAACAUCAGUUGCACAGAGGCUAAAGAGAUUCCAAUAUACCCCCCAGCACCAAAUUAUUGCGAAGAUGAUGCGUCUUUCUUAGAUAUGGAGGCCUUCUAUAUUUCCUUUCUUGUGGCAUAUGCAAAUGUGGUGGUUGCAGUGGUUGUAGUCCUCUGGGUAAAUCCUUACUGGAGAAAUGUUUGGUUCUAUUUUGUCGAGUCUUUCAUGUAUUCAUGUUACUGUUUGUUUGUCUCCAAAUGUAGAUGACCUCGAAUAUUAAGGUCACUUUAAUUACGUAGCAUUUCAUUAUAGCAAAUCGUAUGUGUGAGUUGUUCUUAGUUCC